AUGGAUCGCAGAACACUGCUGCUGUUUUUCGUGUUGAGUGUUGUUACCGUCGCUACUGGCAAACCGCAUAUUGAGGCCGCGGCAACGCAAGACCAUGGCCACUGUAUGAUGGACGGGGUGAAGAUCCAACACGGGGACGAGUUCGUCACCAAGCUGAGCGGCCCCUGUAUUGUGUACAUCUGCGAACAUGGAGGGUACUAUCCUAUUCGUUACGCCUGCGAGGACCAGGGAGGCACCUGUCGUCCCGAGGGUUACAUUCGCACCCUCGGCUGUUCCCGGCAACAGUGCAUCAAGAGCAGUUUGAACGUCGGCUUCCGUAAUAUCCAUGAAGCCUGUCAGGCCCUGGACGGGACCUGUGUUGAUGUCGGGGGGAAAUGGACCCACAGCUGCCUCACUUACAACUGUAUCAGGGUACUUGUGGGUACACAGGAAUUCCCCGACCUUCAACUCUCAAGUUGGGGCUGCCCUAGAAACGACCAAUGUGUACCCUCCAACGUCACCAUCACUGACGGAUGCUCCAUACUGAAGUGCGAACAGAGGGGACAGUACUUUGGGUUGUAUCCACAGAAGCAUGGAUGUCUUCACGACGGAUCGUGUCAUGAUGUCGGCAGCACGUGGACGGUAGACUGCGGCACCUUCACCUGCCUUGAAAACGACAACCCCGACGGCAGUGUAAUGUUGUCCGUUAAGAACGUUGACGUCAAGUGCAAAGAUGUUCAUGGAACCUGCCACAACCCAGGAGAUUCCUUCCAGUUUGACAUUGGUGGCACCGUUUGGCCACACUGCACAUGCGCAGUCAACGGACCAACCGUCAACUACAGCUGUCAUUCCUAAACGAUAAGGUCACCAUGACCUCAUAUAGUCAGCGCAACACCUGUUUUUUUAACUUGCUGUUAAUUUUAUGCAGCUCCUCCGUGAUUUGUGACGACAUAUUGGAUGGAAAGAUAAAAUAAUAAAAUGAAAUAGAGUACAGUUUA